GCAUCAAAGACGUCGUUUGUUAACUUAUUCAUCUCGCACAAUGCAAUAUAUUAGUAUACUGUUUGAUCUAUCCAAGGACAAAUUUUUUGUUGAAUUAUGUGUGUUUUGUGUCCUUUUGCAUUUUUAUGAUCUAUCUAUCUAUCCAUUACUUGCGGUUCUUUCCGCCAGGGAACACGGACACAACCCAAUGGAGUGCCCCCGCCACCGCGGAUCCAGCGCCGGCCGUUCCCGUCCACCACCACUCCCGCAGACUGGCAACUUCCUCCUGGCCCGCACGCCAUCCGAAGCACCCGUGCCGUGCGCCUUCCUUCCCUUUGUUCUCCUCACCUCCCCCUCAAGAACGAGCAAUCCGUUGAGUUGGUUCGUUCCCCGAGCGAGCGGAAGUGAGGAAGGAGCCAAACCCAACCAACCAACGACCGGCCGGCCGGCAACCGAGGCCGCCCGCAGCCAUCCGUAGCGACGAGGGACGGGACACAAAGGAAGGAGACGGGGAUAAGCGCCGGCCGGGUCCCAAAUCCUUGCCCCAUUUCCCUCCUGUUUCCUUCAAAUUUUGGAUGUUUUGGUUUUCUGUCUCGAUUUCUUGGCUUUGAUUCGGAGGGAAGGAAGAGGAUGGCGGUGUCGGACAACACCAAGGGGCUGGCGCUCGCGGUGGCGUCCAGCUCCUUCAUCGGCGUCAGCUUCAUCCUCAAGAAGAUCGGCCUCUUGCGCGCCGGCAAGGGCGGCGUGCGCGCAGGUGGUGGAGGAUACACUUACCUUGGGGAGCCUCUGUGGUGGGCUGGAAUGACCACAAUGUUGCUUGGGGAGGUUGCAAACUUCGUUGCUUAUGUCUUUGCACCAGCUGUACUCGUGACCCCACUCGGAGCAUUGAGCAUAAUAGUGAGUUCAGUGUUGGCACACUUUGUGCUGAAGGAGAGGCUUGAGAAGCUCGGCAUCCUUGGCUGUGUAUCGUGCAUAGUAGGUUCAGUUGUCGUUGUUAUGCAUGCUCCUGAAGAGCAUAUGCCUAGUUCUGUCGAAGAAAUUUGGAACCUAGCUACUCAACCAGGAUUCCUAACAUAUGCAAUGGCAACAUUGUUACUAGUGGCAACACUUGUAGUCUUCUUUGAACCUCGAUAUGGUCAGACUAAUAUCCUGAUAUAUCUGGGUAUCUGCUCUUCAAUGGGAUCACUAACCGUCGUUAGCAUCAAAGCCAUUGGUGUUGCCAUAAAGCUUACAUUGGAUGGAAUGAAUCAGGUUGCUUAUCCAUACACAUGGCUUUUUGUUAUGGUUGCAAUUAUCUGUGGGGUUUCUCAAAUAAAUUACCUCAACAAGGCACUGGAUACCUUUAAUUUAGCUAUUGUUUCUCCUAUUUAUUACGUAAUGUUUACGACCCUUACAAUAGUGGCGAGUGGAAUUAUGUUCAAGGACUGGGCUGGCCAAAGCUUAAGUAGUAUUGCUUCUGAAUUAUGUGGCCUAAUAACAAUCCUGUCUGGGACAAUUUUGUUGCACACAGCAGAGGAGGGAGCCACCAAUUCUGCAGCUUUGUUGUCUUGGCCUUUGGAUAAAGGGUCCAUAUCGUGGUGUAUCUGCUUAAGCAGUGACAAUCUACUGAAGAAUGUUGAAGAGGACUACUUCGCGGCUCUGCAAAGUUCACCUGCCCCAGUAUGACGAUACAUCUCCUCUACUUUGGCCGUAGAAGAAACGAUAGAAUUUGUAAAAAUCAUGCAAAUCGCGGAGGAAUCUUAACAGUGCCAACAUUCUGGCAGUUUUGGUUGAGGAGAUUUCAUCUGCCAUUUUUCAGAUUGUACAUAGGAACCUGUAAAUUUGUGGAUUUUUGGAUACCUGAGACAAGAUAGGACUUGUCAUCCAUUGUUUGUUCGAAGGCAAGUUGAAUUUCUAGUCACAUGUUGUAGUUUGCAUAAAUGUUUCUUCUUUAACUUAAUCUCAGGAGUGAAGAUUGAUGUA